GAAGGACAGUGAAUCCAGGCAUUCAAUUUAAAUUAAAAGCAAAUCUUAUCAGAUUAUCUGAGGGAAUGUGCUGUACCUGAAAUGGUCGUAGGCAAGUUGUGUGGCGAAGAGGGAAAACAUACCAAGCUGAGAACCAUUAAAGGCUAUAAAUGACAGUGCAGUAUUUCACAGGUACAGCUACUGGACGACCAUGACUGUGACAUAUUCCAGCGAAGUAGCCAACGCCACUUUCUUUGGAUUUCACAGGCUCCUCUUGCGGUGGAGAGGAAGCAUCUACAAAUUGCUAUACAGGGAAUUUGUUGCAUUCGUGAGUCUUUAUGCAGCUUUAAGUAUUGUGUACAGAUUAAUCCUAGCAGAAAACGAAAAGCGUUACUUUGAAAAAGUAUCACUUUACUGUGAUAAAUAUGCUGAACAAAUACCAGUAACAUUUGUGCUUGGUUUUUAUGUAACCUUGGUUGUGAAUCGCUGGUGGAACCAGUUUGGAAAUCUCCCAUGGCCAGACAGGCUUAUGUUUCUGAUCUCGAGUGUGGUGCAUGGAAAAGACGAGCGUGGGCGCUUACUGCGAAGAACUUUGAUGCGUUAUGUCAACCUGACUUCCCUGAUCAUCCUGCGCUCAAUCAGUCGUGCAGUCCACAAGAGAUUCCCAACAAUGGACCAUGUAGUGGAAGCAGGGUUCAUGACAUCAGAUGAACGAACAAUAUAUGAAAAUCUCAAAUCGCCACACCUUAAAUACUGGGUCCCAUUCAUCUGGUUUGGGAAUUUAGCCGCGAAAACACGGAAGGAGGGUAGGAUUCGGGAUGGUAUAGAACUACAACUGCUUAUGAACGAAAUGAACAGGUACCGUUCUCGAUGUGCCAUUUUAUUUGGCUAUGAUUGGGUUGGCAUUCCCCUGGUUUACACACAGGUUGUCACCCUCGCAGUAUACACAUUCUUUUUUGCCUGCCUGAUUGGGCGGCAGUUUUUGGAUCCUACACAGGGGUAUCCUGAACACGAACUUGACCUUUACGUCCCAGUCUUCACUCUGCUUCAGUUCUUCUUCUAUGCAGGUUGGCUCAAGGUUGCGGAACAGCUUAUUAACCCAUUUGGGGAAGACGAUGAUGACUUUGAGAUCAAUUGGUGCAUAGACAGAAACUUGCAGGUUUCUCUUAUGGCUGUUGAUGAAAUGUACAUGAACUUGCCAAAGGUCCAGAAAGACAUUUACUGGAAUGAUUCAGAUCUCCGUCCACCCUACACUGCAGCCGCUGCUGAUUACUGUAUACCAUCUUUCCUUGGUUCAGCUGCAGAUGUAGGGCUUUCUAAUUUGGACAUUCAAAGGGCAGAUGAUGAUUUUUACAAUGAUUACAAGGAGAGGAGGUCAGUGUUCAGGAGAGUCAAGCGCUUCCUGAGUUCGUAUGAUUAUCCUGAGGAAUCCCCCACAGGGCAUUUCUUCACCAGGCUGAGCAGUGAAAUCCCCGGCAUCUACCAUAUACCUGGAGAAUUCAGAUUUCCCCAUCAUUUUGAAGAGCAUGUUCCUGGAAGGACAAGACUGCAUUCAGCAGUUCCUCAUCAUAAUGAGGGCAUUGAAGAGCCAACUCACAGUAAUAUAAAAAUGUCAAUAAGACCCAGUAAUCUAACUUUGGUUACUGAGGUUAGCACCCAAGAAUCUACCCCAAGCUUCACAUCCUCCUCUGAGGCCAAGGAGCCCAGCAACCAUUCCCUCUCCCCCCAAAUGCCAAAAGUGGUCAUAACUCCAGCAGAGGAUUCAGAAACACAGGAACUUUUGGGGUUAUCAGAAACCAUGGAUUCAAUCAAGGAUAAAAGUACUCCAACAAACAGUGCCCAUGAUCAGAGGAGCAUUUUGCCUCUGAUGCAAAAAAACAAUGAGAACACAAUACAUGCUUUUGAAGAAUGCGAUGACAGUCUCCGAUGUUUACCACCAAAGUUAGAUCCAGGGCUUUGGGCAGCAGCUAGUGAAUCAGAACAUGAAGCAGAUGCACCUACGAGAUUCAAAGCAACUGCAGAUGACGGUUUCAAACCAAAUAGUACUGGAAGUCAUGCAGAAUAUGUUGAAAGUAGGUAUCAGGAAUGGGACAAUAUAAAUGCAAGAGAAACAGAUAUAGUGGAGUUUAGCAAAGAGGAAAGUAAAGAGAAGCCAUAGACUGUAUAAAAUGUCAGUAUUGAAAACAGACUCACCAUCAGAACUUCAACAUCGAUUGUUUUCAAGAGUCGUAAUCUGGGAAUGUUCUUUGUUGUCAAUUUUAAUACACAGCUUUCUUUAUUAUUUGUUUCUUAACACUGAUGACCUGAUAUCUUAAAAGGAACUUAACCAAACAGUUGUUCUACAAAUUGUAUAUCCCAUUGUUCUCAACUCUUUCUGUAACGAGUCCCCAGGAGAAUUUGUCAGGAUGAGAGGCUCAAAUGUUUCUUUGGUCCCAUUGGUUCCACUUGUACAUUUAUGUCCAACAGUCACUCUAGGAUCACACAUCACAAGCUCACAAGGUUCUGAUGAAAAAGGUCCUUCAGCUCAUUCGAUAUCAAGCAUCUGGAAUACCCACCCUACCAUCUUUCCAUUAUCAUGGAUAAUGUCCUGUCCUGUAGCACAGUGGUUAGAGCACUCGCUUUGCAAGUGAGAGACCCGACUUCAAUUCCAGGCAGGAGGCAAAACCUUGGGCAAGUUUCCUUACUCCACGCGCCUAAUAAUAAUCCCUCCAAAAAAACAAUAAUAAAUUGGUCAUUUUCAAUCCACGACUGUUUGUGGGAC